GUUGCGUAUGUAUGUUUCAAGUUCGGCGUUUUUGCGUUUGAUUCAUAUUUAAAUAACAUAGUGAUUUGGUAUCGAUUUGAUAUGUAAAUAACAUUAGUGAUUUGGAGAUCGAUUUGAUAUGUUAUGUUGUGUUAAACAGUUUAUAUAAAAUUAUUUUCUCAUAGAAUCUGUUAUCAUGAGUGCUACCGAUACGUCUGCUACCGCCAGUAAUAACCAAAGCAUUAUUCAACGUCAGAUUAAUCAGGGCAUAGAACGCCAAAUUAUAAAAGCGCAAAGGAUCCAUCAAAUUCGAGUGCCACACACGCCCCAGUUGCCGCAAAUGCAAAUAAUUGAUCGAAUCAUGCAAGUCCCAGUGAUCGAGUCUGCGGUUAAGAAAUCGCAGAACGUAUAUGACAAAAUCAAAUCAAUCAGUCCCAUAAUGGCUUCCACUUUGGACACCGCAGAGAACGUCACUCGACGGAUAGCUGUCCCGUUGGCUCAUCAUUUAGGGCGUCCUUUAAACGCUCUCGACAAUACCUUGAUGGCGUCUUUGGACAAGAUACAAAACACUAUACCAGUUGUACGUGAUACUCCUUCAGACAUCAUUCGUCGUACUGAACACGCAAUUUCUGCAAUCAAAUCGAUUUCUGUUCAAAAAACAAAUGAAGCUUUGGCGACAACUAAUGGAGUGCGGGCUUUGAAUACUUUGGAUGCUGCUACAAACCGUGCAAUUUCCUUAAUAGACCACUAUUUGCCGGCUUGUAAAAGUGAAAGUGGAGAUAUGCAAUUAACUUCAGCAAUAGAUUCAGAUAUUCCUGUAAAAGGAAUUGAUAGGGCUGUCAUUGCUGUGGGUAAAGUAGGCCGCACCGUCACGGGACGAUUGCAUGGAAAAGCGCAACGUGCCAUACCGGCGGCUAUUUGCAAUCUUGGUUUAGCUGGACCCUUGGAAUCGCUGAAUGAUAAAGUGAAAGAUAUGAAGAAAAAAGAAAUCAAGAAAAGUGAUAAAACGUUGCAGCCUCCUAAAGAUGCGAAUGCGGUUUCUCAAAAUUAGUUGUAUUUUAAAGUUGUCCUUCAUCGAUUUUUAAACCUAUUUUAUUAAACAUAAUUUAA